AUGAAGUAUCUCAACAUUAUUGUAGGGUUUAUAGCUCUUUUGGCAGUUUGCCAUGCUAUUGAAACUACCACAACGGCAGCACCAGAUGAUACAACUUCAGACAGUGCUACGGAAGGUACCACAGAAAUUGCAAAUGAAAGUACCACAGACAGUGCAAGUGAAACAACUACGGAAAGCCCAGCUGAAAGUACCACGGAAAGUCCAGCUGAAACUACAACAGAUAGAAAGCCUGGAAAACCAAGUAAACCUGGUAAACCAGGUAAUAAUGGAAAGCAUAGUGAACAUGGUAAACCAGGUGAACAUGGUAGACCAAGUGAACAUGGCAGACUAGGUGAACAUGGUAGACCAGGUGAACAUGGUAAACAUGAUGAACAUGGCAGACCUGGUGAACAUGGUAGACCAAGUGGAUCCAAAGGAGACAAUCGCCCUGGAUCUGAAAAACAUCACGGACCAGCAGGGCCAGAAGGAUCUGGAGGUUUUGGUGGACCUGGAAGUCAAGGUGGUUUCGGUGGCCCUAGUAGACAAGGAGGAUUUGGUGGACAAGGAAGUCAAAGUGGUUUCGGCGGUCCUAGCAGACAAGGAGGAUUCGGUGGUCAAGGCGGUUUCGGUGGGCUUGGACAACAAGGUGGAUUUGGUGGUCCAGGUCAAAGACAAGGACUUUUUGGACGCCCUGGAAAUCAGGGAGGUUUUGGUGGUCUAGGAAGUCAAGGUGGAAAUCUAGGAGGUUUUGGUAGCCCUGGAAAACAAGGAGGUUUUCUCACACAACCAAACUUUGGAGGUUUCAGUAGACCUGAUGGCUUCGGAAGACCUGGCAGAUAA